UGAAACUCAAAAAUACACAAAUAAGUUUGGAGACCGAAAUUGCCCAAAGGCUAAAAUUUCACACGUCUCAAAAUAAUUGCGUUCCCUCCCUCCCAAAUACACACGAUCUCUCUCUCUCGGCGAUAAUGGCGGAAUCACCGUCGCACAGUGACGCGCAGCUCGUUGCUCAUCAAUCUCCUGGUCAUCAAGCUGAAUCGGAUCUCACGUCUCUCGUCUUCGAUAUGUCACAGCAAGUUCAGAUGGCAAUGGAGAACAUGCUCAAGAUGGUCAAUGAGAUCGAUCAAAACUCUGUUGGAAUUAAGGAAGAGAUUGAGAAAUCAAAGGAUUUUGCAAUGGAGAAGAAAAGGAUUCUCGAGGAAGAGAAGGAACAGUUUCAGAAAGCUGCUUACACUAUUCUUGACAUGCUAAGCAACAACAGCCGAGGCUAAAAUCCGCAGGAGAUGCUCUGGACUGGAGAAAACUCUACUAGGUAAAAGAAAACAUUACAAUGUCAAUAAAGAAAGACUCUUAACUGGUUUUGUUUUGUACCCUUAUUGAGUCCAUCUUAUUCAUUUUAAGGUAUUAGUCCUCUUAUAACAAAGGGUGAAUUCAGAAACAGAUAGCAAAAUGAUCAAUGAUUUGCUCCACAUGUCAGCCUUCUCAGAGAAUCAUACUUUUGUUUUGAGGUUAUGCGGACCAGUGAUUUUUUUUGGAUAGUAUAUAUACAAGAUUCAAUUAAUGUA